GAAAAAUGUCCUUUCCGGUGACGUCAGAGCCGGUAAAGCAUGGCUGCCGCCACGAAACUCGGACCACAGUUGAGCCUGCUGGUUCAUCUGCUUAUUUUCAGCUGGUAUGUUUUUACUAUCUGGAGUAACUGUACUCUGCAAACCUCAGACAGACACCCAGGGGUGCGAUCAUACGGAGGACGCUGGAAAUACCUGACGUUUAUUAAUCUGGUGUCGCAGGCGCUGUUUUUUGGCCUGUGUGUGUUGUCGGACGCGGUGCAGAGCUCUGUGACUGUCAAACAGAGCCGAAGCGGGACUCCUCUGCUCAUCACCAGACUCAGAGACUUCUACUUCUCUGCUCUGGCGUUUCCCGUCGGCUCUUUUGUGUUCGUUUCUUUCUGGACGCUCUACACUUACGACAGAGAGCUGGUGUAUCCAAAAAUGUUAGACGAGAUCAUUCCCAUCUGGUUGAAUCAUGCAAUGCACACAGUGAUCAUGCCGCUGCUGCUGCUGCAGAUGUUCCUUCAGAACCACAGAUAUCCCAGUCGCACUAAAGGGAUCUUCAGUCUGGCUUUAUUUGCUGCCCUGUAUCUCUCAUGGGUGUUGUGGGUGCACCAUGCGUCAGGGAUCUGGGUGUAUCCCAUCAUGGCUCACUUGAGUCCCGUGGGAUUGUGUGUUUUCCUUGGAGGUGCGUCGCUCAGCAUGGCUCCUCUCUACCUGUUAGGAGAGAAGCUCAGCCUCAUGAUGUGGAGCAGCACAGGGAAUCAGAAGAAGAAAAAGAAGUAGAUGUCUACUGGAAUCCACAUUAACCGUGUGGAGCUCAAACCAGCCAAACAACACACUUUACAGGGCACGAAGCAUCAGCUUCAGUAGCAUUUCUUGUAUUUUAUACAAGAGGGGCUUGACUGGCCCCAGCCUACACACAGUACACAUCAAAUGUGUUUACGCUAAUCAUACUGAUAUUAUUCUGUCCGUUUUUCUUUCUUUUGUGACCUAUUUUUGGAAUUCUAAUGAAAAUCAGUUGCACCUACAAAGUAAAAUGCUGUAUUUUUUAAAUAAUUUUCAUUAUUUUAGAAUUGUGAAAUUCCAGACAUAUUUUCCAGAAUGCUGUUGUUCAUUAGUUAAGGGACCAUUAGUACUGAGCACUUUCCCCUUCUCAGAUUCAUAAUCGUUAUUUUAACACAAGUCUGAGCAGCUGAGUGGUUUCCAAGCUGUGUAACUGUGUCACAAGAUGUGUCAGGCCUUUCUGAAUGACACACUUCAACCUGUGUGAAUUCUGCUAAUCUCAGCAGUGAAGCCCUUAAUGUGAUCUUCCGUCUUUGCUGAGAGUUUGAUGAUGGACUUCAUUGGAAACAAGUCAACCCAAGUAAUCGGUGACCUUGCUGUAACACACGUUUAAUUCACUCUGCAUGCACUCUUUCACUAACCCUCUCAGUGACAGAUUUCAGCAAAUAAGACUGUAUUUCAUGAAAGCUUUAAAUUUUUAUUAAUUAUAUUGUCAACACUAUUAAGCAGAAGACAGUGCUUUAUUGUCAUUAUUGUGUGUUUCCUCUCAAUUUGAAUGUGUGUAAAACAUGUAGAUGGUGUUUACAGGGUGACUGAAGAUGAUUCCUGCACUCAAACGAUAGAUUAUGGCACUUGUGAAUAUCAGUGGCACUUAAGAGGGCCAAACAGUUUUUCUGUUAUUACUGUUAUGUAAUGAUUACUAAUGUCAUCUGUGUCCUUUAUCCAUAAACAAUAAAAUCUCUGCUCUUGAAGUAAUUUAA